AUUAUUUUCGAUCGCGACGGGUCACCGACGCGUCCGAAAUGCGUCCGCGUCGAAAACUCGUCGCGUACGUAUAAUAUGUAUGCGCGCGUGUACGGAGCACCGUCGCGCGACGAUAAAGAGAUUAUUUCGCGUAACGCGGUUUACUCUCCUCGCCGAGUCCAAAAUCCACGAUUCGCGGGUUUCCGAUCGUUUUCAAUCGGCGAUCGGAGCUGCGGUAUUCGGACGAGCGGUAAGUACGCGCGCGCGCGACGACGCCACAGCCGUGCGAAAAUCGCGUACGAAAUAAUCGUCGAUCGGAACAAAAGCGUUCUUCUCGAUCGACCACGGCUCGUCGCUGCCCAAUUCACGCGGCACCGUUGACAGGCCGACACACGCACGCGUUUCCCUUGAAAAAGCCCAAACGAAUAUGAGAGCGAGUUCGCAAGAUCGUUCACAGGAGCCGAAUCUUCCGCGCUACGAUGACCCGUCGACGAGAUCAUGAACGAACGACUCCGGUACAAACGAGCGCUCGUUCUCGUCCUCGCGGUCGUUCUUCGCUCGUCCUUGCCCUGCCGCAGCUUCGAAAUUUUCGUCGACGCCCCUAGCGCUCCGGAGAUCGAUUUCGCGGAGGAGCAACGCGACGUCGCGGACUCUGCGAUCGAGCGGAUCUUCCAGAGCCCGAAGAACGGGAGGAACGCCGUGAGCGGGUCGAAGCACGAGAUCGGAGCGGAGACGGCCAACAAGGUGGUCUCGCGACGAUCGCCGGCGGGCGAGAACCUCGUUCGAGCGAAACGCGAGGGCGCGAGGACAGGGGGGGAACGGAAGGGCCCGAAGGAGGCCGCGAAGGCCGCGGAGAAGCGCUCGGUGGCCGGCCGAUCCUCGCCGCGAGCCGUCCGAACGGCCCGAGUCGACCGAUCCUCCCGGGACUACGAGGCCGGCCUCGACGACGGGUCGGACUACGCGGAGGAAUUCGCGGACGACUCCGCCGCGGGAUCGGACUACAAGAACGACGACUCGAAGCUGGCCGAGGACGGGUUCAUCGAUCGGGACGAGAGGUCGAUCCUGUACGACGAUCCGGAGGAGAAGGACGUGGCGAAGAGAGGCGUCGCCGGAGCCGAGGACUACGAGGAGCUGAACGAUCGAGUCGACGAACCGGAGGAUGGCCCGGAGGAUAGGGGUUCCUCGGAAGAAGCUGCGGAGAAGGGGAGAGCUCGCGGCGACGCCGGACUCGAGAGGGAGCACGCCUCGAAGAAGAGGGAAGUUGCCGCGGCACCCUCGGGCUCGGAUCCGGGCACGGCCUCGAAGAAAGAGAGCGCGGUGGCCGAGGACUCGGCUGGCAAAAAGGAUUCCCGGCUGGCCGAGGAUCGGCCGGUCGACGCGGAGAAGGAGGUAAAACUGGGCGAAGACCGGACCAAGCCGGACCGGGCGACGACCGGCGACGAGGCGGACCAGUCGAAGCGGAACGUCGUCGUCGACGAGUACAAGCCGAUUCCCGACGCCGACGGUUCCAAGCUGGCUCUCCCGGCGAACGAUCGGGCGCGGCUGGCGACGGAGGAGGCGAAAGCGCAGGAUUCGAGCCCGUCGUGCGACAAGAAGGCGGCCGCCGCCGACGACGAGCCGCCGGAUCCGAGCGGAGCCUCGAAGCUCGAAGAAGCGAAGGUGGCCGAGGAGUUGGCACCGACCGCGGCCGCGGCCGCGGUCGCGGUCGCGGCCAACGCCGAGACGAGUCCCGGCAAUCCCGAGAACUCGAUCAACCCCGACGGUCCGACGGCGGAACGAUCGGCGGAACGGUCCGACAGGGACUACGAGAAGCGAGUCGAGGAACAGAUCCAACGCAAGAUCGACUCGAUCAAGGAGGAGAUCAAGCGCGAGAUCGCCGAGAGCGAGAAGCUCGAGGAGAUAGAGAGCAACAACGCCAAGUUCGACGAGCUUCUCGACCAACGAGAGGACGAGCUGGACGCCGAGCAGGAGCAGCCGGCCGCCGCCGCCGAGGCAGGGACCGCGGAGAAGAGGGCGAAUCCUUCGAAAAGGUCUGCCGCGACCUUGGACGGAUCCCGGAAGGGAGCCAACGGCGACGAGCGAUCGACGAAACGACGAAAGAGGCAGGACGCGGCUAGAUCGGAGAACGUCGGAAGCUCCGCCGGCUCGAGCUCGAAGCUGGCGAAGAAGUCGACCGGCGAGGGAGCGAGCGGGAAACGAUUCGUCGCUCCGAGCCUCUCGGCUCGAGGUACGGACGCGAUGGCGCCGAGAAAGCGCGACGCGCCGCGCGAAGCGUACCUCGUCGAGAGAGAUCGAAGCAAGAGAAAGAGAAGAAGACGAUCGAAAGAGUACGAACGGGGAAGCUCGCGGGAAGCCCUCAAGGUAGAGGACCGAAUCGCUGUUUAGCGCGUAAGUCCGGCGGCAGGACAAGGUUGUGUGUAUCGAAAAACCGAUCUUUCGAAACGUUCGUUAUCGGCGUCGUUCGUCCCCCACAGGCUCGAUCAGCCUCGCAGCCGACCGAGCUGGACGCCGCGUCGAACGGCGAGUCGAAUUCCGUUGCUUCGUUGGCGGAGAACGCCGAGGAGGAGCUCGGUCCGUUGGCGAGCGAGUACGGAGAGGCUUUCGGAGGCCUGCAAGGAGAGCCUGGCCUGGCUCUGGCUCGGUUCAAGAGGAUCAAACGGGUUCUGCGACCGCGAUGACCUCCGAGGCCUGGCCGGAUCCGGCGGGAAACGGGCGAAUUCGCUCGGCUCGAGGGGUUCGAACUUCGAGGACCGAGCAGAGCUCUCGCGUUUCGGCAGGAGAACGAGCACGGCGGCGGCGGCGGCGGCGGGAAAGCUUUCGAGUCGCGUUCGCUGCGAAUCGAAACGUCGAAGAGACCCGGGGACGCCCCUAGGCUCCGGCAGGCCGCGUAGUUUCCAGAGUCGUUCCGAUGAAUCGAACGCGCGUCCCGGCGCGUCCCAGAGGCUAAUCUCUAAUUUAUACGUAGUCGCGUAAGCGAUCGAAGCGCGUUCGACCGAGUCGCGGAGGACCGUCGUCGAUCCCCGUGGCUACGAAACCGACCGUUGGCGUUCCUGUUACGCGUUGCUCGACCCCCAACCCCCGCGCCAACGGGUCGGAACCCGUUAUCUGCUCUCGUUGUACAUAAAAAGAAAAUAAAGUAAAAGCUUCGGCAUCGAAA